UCGCCCGUCGAGUUGACUUGUCUCCACACGCGCCGUGCUCGCAGACUCUGCAUGCAGGUGCAUCUGUAUAUAUCUGCUUGGCCUCCCAUCCACUCGUAUUGUGUUUGUGUCCUUCUCCCUCAGGUUUCCUCUCCAUCAACAGUCGGCUCCUUUCUUGCCACAAAACAACUGUGAUUAUUUCCUUUUUAUUUCCUUCUUCUGUCAAGGAGUAUCAAGUCACUCGCUAUACUUGCCUCCGCCUACCACUCUUUACCCACACUCUCACUCGUACUGUACUGAGUACAAAUCGACUAUAUCUUCACUGUCUGGCAUUCGCUGCUACUUUUUGUCUUUUACACCCAAGUAAACACACUCGACAUCUACACAAUAUGAAGUCCGUCUCUAUCCUCGCCCUCGCGGCAACCGUAUCAGCCACUGGCUGGAAUGACUUUGGAGGCUUCAAGUGCCCGGAGAACACAGACAACAAGUGCAACACCCAACAGCAGAGUGGCUGGGACUGGAGUGACCUGCAGCUCGGCUCCGUCUCGUCCUACGGAGGCUUCAGCUUCGGUGGCUUCUCCUGUGAGGAGGGAUACGGAAGGCGUGAGCCCGGCAGCCGUUUCGCCCCUCGCACCCAGAAGUCCCUCAAGGGAAGCUGUGGUCACUCCAAGGAGAGCUCGCCCUCGUUCGGCUGUGGCCAGGGUUCCGAUGUCGAGGCCUUCUCCGUCAGCACCAUCGAUGUCAUCACCGAGUUCGAUGCCGACCUCGAGUUCCACUUCUCCAUGGGCGAUGGCUCGACCUGCAAGCAGCGCAGCUCCUGCUCUUCCCAGGGCUCCACCGUCAAGAACACCCAGUGCGGUGGUGCUAAGAACGUGACCAUCGUCUACCCCUCUGGCCAGUCUGGCGACAAGGUCCCCAAGGCUUCCUCCACCUGCGGUGUCACCAUCCCCACCGUCUCCUUCGACUGCUCGUCCGCCCAGAGCACCACCACCAAGUACACCAAGACCUCCUCCACCCAGAUCCAGACCUCUUCGAUUGCAACCACCACCGCCGUCCAGCCCUCUGCCACUGGGCCCACCGGUGGCAAGCCAUCGUCUCCUGCUGAGACCGGCCCGGUUGGACCCUCCGGCCCUAGCUCCAACACCGCCCCUGUUGCUUCCCAGACUUCUCCCACCCCCUCGUCUCCCGCCAACGCUACCACCAUUGAGUCUAUCACCUCUGCCGAGUCCACCUCCUCCGUCGAGUCCACCACCUCGGUCGAGUCCGCCUCCUCCGCCGAGUCCAUCACCUCGGUCGAGUCCUCCAGCUCUGUUGAGUCCACCACCUCGGUCGAGUCCUCCAGCUCUGUUGAGUCAACCACCUACGAGAUCACCAGCACUGCUAUCACCAGCUUCGAGACCACCUCCACUGUCUACAGCACUUCCAUCCAGACCAUCACCAGCUGCGGUCCCGAGGUUGUUAGCUGCCCUGCUGGUUUCACUGAAGGCCAGACUGCCACUACCACCGUUGUUGUUGCUAUCAGCACCACCAUCUGCCCUGUGACUGCCACUGAGACUUCGGUCUACACCACCAGCCACGCUGUUACCCAGAGCCAGGUUGUGCCUCCUGCCGAGACCACCCCAGCUGGUGAGGCUCCUCCUUCUGGCGAGGCUCCUCCCGCCGGCGAGUCCGCGACUUCCGAGCUGUCUCCUAUCGCCAGCACCACCGACGAGAGCCCUGCUCAGCCCACCGAGACUCUCCCCUGCCCCAGCAUUGUCCCUGCUUGCAUCAGCACCUGGAACUUCGUCGUGGGCUGUGUUGACAACGCCGAUGCCUCCUGCUACUGCCCCGACGCCACCUUUGUCCAGAACGUCUACCAGUGCCUCUACGCUUACGGUGACUCUGACGAGACUGUUGCCGAGGCCAUCCAGUACUUCCAGGGUAUCUGCGGCUCCUACGCUGGCAACAACCCUGCUGUCGCUACUGGUGCUUCGCUCACCACCUACCUGACCGCCACUGCCACCCCUCCCGUCUCUGCUACCACCAUCGUCGUCCACGAGACCACUGUCGUCCCUUGCACCAACGAGGCCGGCGAGACCAUUCCCUCGUCUUCCUCCACCGUCGUUGUGUCGACCGUCAUGACCGUGCCCCAGGUUGCUCUGACCACUGUGGCCGGACCCUCGACCACCGAGGUUGGUGUCGUGCCCGUCCCGACCUACCCUACCGCUCCAGUUGAGUCCGCCGGAGCUGUCGUCCCAUCUGGUGCCGCUCCUCUCUACCCCACUGGCAGCGCACCUAGUGCGUCGGGCGUUGCCCAGGGCACAACCGCUCUCGUGCCCUCCGCCUCCCAGACUACCGUCGUCACUGCCGGCGCUGGCAAGACCGGAGCCAGCCUCGCCGCUGCCUUCCUGGCCGUCGCUGCUGUUCUGGCUCUGUAAAGGGUUUGAACAAGGGCGAUAUGUAAUAAUACCUGUACCCACACACCAUGCUGCCUCAACGGCGCGACUCCUUAGCCACACAAAUCAUACCUGAUUAGCAUCACAACCAACAUUUCCUUCUUACGAUCCUUAUGAUAGAGCAUUUACAGUGGUCCUGGUUUAUUUUCGGGAAAGCGCAUCACGGUCUGGGAUACCAGGUGCAAGGAGCAUUCUGUCUUUUGCACACAACACUUAUACAUGUAAUAGAGACGAAGGACUCUGACCCCGAGGUUCCUCACUUGCAAAGCAAACUUUUCCUUUUUCUUUGGACAGUCUCCCAGAUGGAGGACAAGCGACGGGAAGGGGAACAUCAGAAGAGACCAAAAGUGGUUGGGUAGCAGGAGUCGUCAUCUGAAAACAUGUAAUAAUAAUCAAAGAAACAACAAUGGUCAAGGACCACCCUGAUUUCAAGA